AUGUUUUUCAACUUAAUGCAUUUGAACAUAAGAAGUUUGGUCAACAAAACCGAUGAAUUAGAAAGCUAUUUGUCAAACAGUCACAUCAAAUUCAAUGUAGUUGCGGUAACAGAAAGCUGGUUAAACGAACGUACUGAAAGUUUUGUUGGCAUGGAUGAAUAUAGAUAUGUAGGCAAAAAUCGUCAUGACAAACACGGUGGAGGGGUUGGUUUCUAUGUCUGUAAUGAUUCUACCUUUCGAAUAAGAGAUGAUUUAAAUACCAUUGGCUCGCCAAAGUUUGAAAUGUUUGCAAUAGAGAUCAUUAACAAUUUUAAAUCUAAAAAUUCAAUUGUGAUGGUUAGUUAUCGACCUCCAAUAUACGAAAUUAAACAAUAUUUUAAAAGAUUAGAACAAGUUUUACAAAUAACUAGUAAUGAAAAUAAAUUUGUUUAUCUUUUGGGGGAUCUAAAUAUUGACUUAUCGCCAGAAGUUAGCAGUAUAAAUAAAAUUCAAUUGAACCAACUUGUGACAUGUUACAACCUCAAAUCCAUGACCACAGUUCCUACAAGAAUCAGUAAUACAAAAAAAUCCACUAUAGACAUUUUGUUUACAAAUCAUCCAGAAAAUAUUAUACAAUGUGGUACCAUUUUAUGCGACCUAUCAGACCACAUCCCACUUUUUGCUUCCACUAAUCAAAAAAUAAAUAAUAAGACAGUUGCUGACGUUACAUUUUCAAAAUAUUCUUAUUCAACACACAGAAUAAAUAACUUAAAUGAAGGUUUAUGUAAUGCCGAUUGGACAAGUGUGCUGAGCUGCGAUAAUGUAGAUGUGGCCUUCCAAAAUUUCAUCGACAUCUUUCGGUUACAUUAUAAAACUUAUUGUUCAGUGACCUCUAAAAGACAGGCUCAGAAGAUGACAAAAAACAAAUCGUGGAUAACUAAAGAAUUUAAAAAAAUGUUAAAAAGAAAGAAAAUGUUAUAUAAAAAAUAUCUAAAGCACACAUCGUCAGACAACUUUACAGCACUCAAAUCAUGCAGCAAAUUAUGCAACAAGAUCGAGUGCCAGUUGAAAAGACAAUAUUAUUUUAAUCUUCUACAAAAAAGCAAUGGCGACAGCAAAAAAACAUGGUCAAUCAUCAAUUCUUUAACGAAACGAAAUAACAAAAAAACAUCAACAAUUCAAUUAACUUUAAAUGAUGAUCCAAUUGAUAAUCCUGAAACUAUCCUCAAUAAUUAUUUCAUCAAUCAGGCCUCAGAUAUGCAGCAAUCAUUUGUGGAAGACACAAGAUGGAAAAAUUAUCUUCAAAAUGGAACUUUUCAAACCCAAUACGUCGAGUGGUUACGAUGA